AUGCAUGUUACCCAUUCAAAAUCUUCGCCGCCGUCCAUAGUUGUUAUUGGAUCAUGCAGUGUUGAUUUUACAACAUAUGCCCCAAGAUUACCUAUGCCCGGCGAAACUCUUCAUGGAUCUAAAUUUUCAACUAGUUUCGGAGGCAAGGGUGCUAAUCAAUGUGUAGCAGCCGCAAAACUCGGAGGGAACACAUACAUGAUUGGUAGGACAGGUGAUGACCAGUGGGGACUGAAGUAUAAGGAGCAUUUAAAAGCAGAAGGAGUAAAUGUGUCUCAUUUCUUUACUACUCCAAAUGUGACAACUGGGAUUGCACAAAUAUCUGUUGCUGAAAGUGGUGAAAACCAAAUAGUUAUUGUUGCCGGUGCUAAUAACCUUUUGAGUAAAUCUGAUGUGCAAUUAUCUGCGGAACUAAUAACACAUGCAGAUGUUUUAAUUGGCCAACUAGAGACUCCAUUGGAAACUACUUUGGAAGCAUUUAAGUUAAAUAAAGGAGUGAAACUUCUGAAUGCAGCUCCUGCAAGAUCUGACAUUCAGCAAAUUCUACAAUACUGUACUAUACUUUGUGUAAACGAGUCUGAGGCUGCUUUAAUUACCAAUAUUGAAGUUACUACAUUGAAUACAAAACAGGUGCUGGCAAAAUUACUGGACUCAGGAUGUGAGACAGUAGUUAUUACAUUAGGUGAGAAAGGAGCUGUGUAUGCUACCAAGGCUGAUCCCCAACCAAUUCAUGUCUUCUGCAGAUCAGUUAAACCAGUGGACACCACAGGUGCUGGAGAUGCAUUUGUUGGAGCUUUAGCAAUUUUCCUAGUGAAACAUAAGGAUCUGCCCCUCCAUCAGAUCAUUGGAGCAGCGUGUGAAGUGGCUACCUUUUCAGUCACAAAGGAAGGAACUCAGACGAGCUACCCAUCCAAUAUUGAUGCUUUCACCAACAAAUAUGAUUUUAUAAAGUUGUGAUAUUUACUUAUAGAAUAAGAAUGAAAUAAAACUAUUUGUUACAAACUUUAA